AUGGGGGGACCACAGGUGCUGGUGCUGGUGCUGCUGACGGGGACCCCCAUUGCCUUGGGGACCCCGAUUGCCAUAGGCAGUCCCAUAGCGCUGGAGGGGCCAUUGCUUGUGGGAGGCCCCAUGGGGAGGGUGGCCAUUCCCGAGCGCCCCCCAUGUCGCCCCAUCAACGUGACAGUGGCCCUGGAGAAGGAUGAGUGUCCCCAGUGCCAGGCGGUGACAACUACAGCAUGUGGGGGAUACUGCAGGACACGGGAACCCGUGUACCGCAGCCCCCUGGGCACACCGCCCCAGGCCGCCUGCACGUAUCAGGGGGUGCGCUACGAGCGGUGGCUGCUCCGGGGCUGCCCGCCCGGCAUUGACGCCACCGUCCCAGUGCCGGUGGCACUUGGCUGCCGCUGUGGGCGCUGCCCCAUGGCCGCAGCUGACUGCACCGUGCAGGGCCUGGGCCCAGCCUUCUGUGGCGCCCCAGCGGGCUUUGGGCCCCCAUGA